AUGGCUAGAAUUCCGAUUCCGUUCAAUGGACGUACGGCGGCUUACGACGGCGUGCAGGAUGGAGUUGGCACUGUGCAUUUGUCGGCUCUCGUGAGAUCUUUUCUCGAGAGGGAAUGCCGGAGGACUGACGAUGAAGAUGAUUGGGAAGGAAUGUUCGGUGGAGAUGGUGAGGCCAAAGAGCAGCGUGAGGCGGAGAGUUACUACGCGAAUGCUCGGGACUUGUUGGAGAAUGUGUUCGCUGGAGGGGAAGAGGAUGAGGAGCGGAGGAGGAUCCACGAGGCGGUGGAGAAGGCUGUGGCGGAGAUCGGUGGGAAUAGCUCCUCGCCGGACUUCAACCGCCGGCUGGUGGCUCUGCUGCGCGGCGGUGGCCUCGACGCCGGCAUCUGCAGGUCCAAGUGCGAGAAGGACGGUCGCCGGAAGUACCGGGACCACGAGUACGUCGACGUGAACGCCGACGCCGCCAGCGGCGGAGGACGCUACAUCGUCGUGAUAUUCCUCGCCGGCGAGUUCACGAUAUGGCGCCCGGCGGACGGGUACUCCUCCCUGCUGGAGACUUUCCCCGCGAUCUUCGUCGCGAAGCCGAACGAGCUGCGGCAGGUGGUGAAGACCAUGUGCGCGGCGGUGAGGAGGUCGAUGAAGAGCGCCGGAAUCGACCUGCCGCCGUGGCGCCGCCUGGCGCACAUGCAGUCGAAGUGGUUCGGGACGCACGGGCGGACCACCGGCAGCGAGGUCAACGGGCGGGAGCUCGGCGUGCGGAGGCCGGGAAUCGCGGCGCCGGCGGAGGGGAUCAGGUUCCGAUGCAGGGAGGUGCUCGAGCCGACGGCCGGAGGUCGGACUGGGAACCUGUCGGCGAUAAUGAACCAGAAGGACGUGCUGAUGUAA